AUGACGACUUCAACAUCAACCACCACGCAGCAGACUGAGCACGCUGUUCUUCUGGCUGCCGAGGAACAGAUCAAGUCAGCUGCAAACGAUGUGAAGUUCCAGUCUCUGGCACGCGGCAACCGCCAGGGUACCCUGAAGCUACGGGGUAUUCCCACUUUCUCAGACCCUCUUGAGAAGCGCAAGUGGAUGAAGGAGCAUAUGGCUGCUGCCUUCCGCUACUUUGGCAAGUUGGGAUAUGGUGAAGGUGUCUCUGGACACAUUUCUAUGCGAGACCCUGUUCUCAAGGACCAUUUCUGGAUGAAUCCCUUCGCCAAGCACUUUUCGACCAUCAAGGCCUCGGACUUGGUUCUUGUCGAUAGUGAGGGAUAUGUUACCGAAGGCGGUGCCCAAUUGCCUAUCAACGAGGCUGGAUUUAUGAUCCAUUCCGAAAUUCACAAGGCCCGUCCCGAUGUGAUUGCUGCAGCGCAUACCCACAGCAUUCAUGGCAAGACAUGGAGCUCGUUCGGGAAGCCAAUUGAAAUGCUGACGCAAGACGCAUGCAACUUCUACGGCCGCGUUGGCAUCUACGACGAUCACGGCGGCAUUGCCCUGUCCCAGGAAGAGGGUCGACAGAUCGCCGCAGCCCUAGGAAAAGAGAACAUUGCUUGUAUUCUGCAGAAUCAUGGUCUUUUGACUGUCGGUCGUACUGUUGAUGAGGCUGCUAUUCUUUAUUCUAUGCUGGAUAAUGCCUGCCACUCCCAGCUUCUUGCCGAAGCAGCAGCAGCAAAUGGUAUUCCCAAGCGAGUCAUCAACGAUGAAGUGGCUCGCUAUACUGCCGAGUUUGCCCAGAACCCCCACAACUUUUACACUGAGUUUCAACCUGAGUUUGACUUGGUUGUUGAGGAGACCAACGGAAGAGUAUUGCAAUAA